CAAAAUGGCAGAAGACGAGAUCGAAGUGUUGCAGGCGAUUUUCUGUGGUCCCGCUGAAUUCGAAGUUUUUCAUGCAAAGCAAGAUAUUGGUAGUUCCUCUCUGUACACAAUGAAAAUAAAGAUCAAGUCAGAAAGCAGUGACACCCAGUUGAAAAACACACAGACAGAGAUAGUGCUUGAUGCAAUUUUUACAAUGAAACCCACAUAUCCCAAUAGUAUCCCAGAUAUAAACUUGAAAUCUGCCAACCUGAAUCAAGAAGAAAUAGAAAAAUUAACAUUUGAUCUAGUCCAAUUUGCUAAUACUCUUGUUGGGGAAGUUAUGGUCAUGGAAAUUGUGCAAUGGUUACAGCAAAAUGCAGUCAGGUACUCUUCAAGAGUAUUCAAAACUGAAGAGAAACCGUAUGAAGAACCUGAAGAUCAGGAUAAUAAACCACAAAAAUGUACUGCUAAGUUGGAGACAUUGGUAGAAAAUGUUACCAGUCCUGACACACAGCAUUUAUCUGCCAGAGCAAAGGACAAUUGUGAAGACAUUGGGAAGGAAAUUAUUGUUUUACAGUUAGACCAUAUGAGAUCCAAGGCCAAGUAUGUCAAAACAAUAUGCAAAUGGACAGAACAAUUGGGAUUAGUAGGCAGGUUGAUAUUCCAAGGGAAGAAUAUCCUGAUCAUUUUAGAGGGUACAAGUGCAAAUAUUAGGAAAUAUUUGGUUAAUCACCGAACAGCAAAUGUUGAUAUAGAUUCUAAAGGAAAAAGUUGCAAGGAAAGAAUGUUGUCAGUUUUAUCGAGGAAAACAGUUGAGAAUUUUAAUUUUUCAAAUUUUCAAGUCCUAGAAUUAAAGUCAGAUAUUGAUGUUGCAGCAGUUUUUAUGGAGAUCAACUUGUCAGAUGUUUAUACAAGUUCUAUUUUGUCCAGUUUGAAACACUAAGAGCAACCUUGAACCAGGUUAAAACUGCUGUGAUUGCUCCACAGUUUGAAUUGGUUUUGGUGAGAUUGUUCACACCUAUCACAAUUUGUAAAAAAAAAAAUGUAUUGAUUUGUUUACGGUUUUGUGGAGAACUUAUUAAUAGGCAAAAAAAAAAAAUGAAAAUGUGGUUAGAUAACUAUGAAUUUAUGGAAUUACAUUGGGGAGAAGUCUGAGAAACAUGGCAGCGCUCGGAAGCUUGUUAAUUCACAUUAGGAAAGAAGCCCUUUGGAGCUCAUAUUAUCAUAAGAAAAUGGCAUAUGGUGCAGUUGACAUUUGUUGGUAAACUGAGAGGACUGGCAUUUUAGAUUAAGCCCCACAAUGAAGAUGUUUUCACAUCAAUGUCCUUCUCAUUAUCACUACCAGAAUCUAAUUACUGGGUCCUUGUCCUUUGCACAUUCAGCCGCACUCAGGGUUUCAAAAAUUAUGGUGCUUUAUUGUCAAACAUGUCAUUAACAGUGGUAUAACUCCUGAUGACAAUACUAAAAAAGUAUACAUUGCACAUAAAUAUAUAUUGUUAGCACUCCUAUGCAGUAUCAGGUUUAGGAGUAUCCUGAAAUUUGAGGCCAAGAGUAGGACUGCACAUACAGAUGCACAUCAUUCUCCAAGUUAGUUAGGUUACAAAUAAAAACUUGCUCAGGGGCAUAGUAAGGGGAAUGAAGUCAGCAAUUUAUUUGGAUAUCUAUAAAUAGAUUGUUAUAGACAACAUAAUUCACUCACAAAUGCAGAAACCAAAGCAGUAAUGGGUUAACCUCGUGUGUUCAGUACUGAUGUAAAUUUUGCUUAACCAAGCAGAAAGGACGGUAAGGGUCCUUCAUAAUGAACAUUGUCAUGUCACUGUUGUAUAGAAAAAACCCAUUCAGGAAUAUUAUAUCAGCAAUCUUAAAAUGCACAUUUAAUCUAAGGUACAUCUUAGUCAUUUCUUCAUUUGACUGACAUAUGAUUCUGAUAACUGAGUAUAGAAAAAAUUACAAGUGAAAAGAAAGAUUUCAUUGUGGAAAAAUGCCUAGAUGUCAUGCUGAUGUGUUCCAUAAUAUCUGUCAGUAAUAUUUGUAUACUGAUACUGGUUCUUAGCCUGUAUAGUUAUGAAGGUUAUGUAUCAGACUUGGUCUAAUAAAUAAGAUAUCUAAUGCCAUUAGUAUUCUUUGAUUGUUUCUGAUUCAUGGUUCAACACAAACACAGAAGUUCAGUCAAAUAUUCCAAAGCAUGCUCAGAUGUACAGCAUGAUAUGCUUCAGUUGGACAUUAAUUAUGUAGUACAAAAGAACUACUGGUACUAACAAUCAGUAUAUCUUUGGUGAAAAGUUAAAGGUAACAGUUUAUUUACAUGAAAGAUUAUAUUAAAAUAGAUUGUGAUUUCAUUAGUUAAAAUGCCCAAUAUCAAAUUAUUUCAUUCAUGUGUAGUGCUGUCUCCAGAUAUUUUGUCUUAAUUUUGCUUUUCAUUUUAUCCAAUUGGAACAAGAAUCCUUGCUAUAUUUUGUCAUUAUGGACCUAUGUGCCUGAUGGUAAAUUUCUUUUAUAAUAUUACAACUUGUGCAACUGUUGAGGUGUUUUAAAGAUUGCCUUUUACUAUUGUUUGUACAAUCUAUUGUUAACUUUCUAUGCUCUACAUCUUGGCAGAUCAGAACCCACAAAACUUGAGAUUACACUUAUAAAUUGGUUAUAGAUCAUCAUUGUGCAUUGAGAUCUUCGCUGCGGGUCUACGGCAGCAUAAUGUUCUUUGCCAAAUCUUUUAUAAGGGUGUUGGAAAAAUGUUUGCUAAGUGUGCAGAUUGAAAAAUAGGGCAUGAUUAUUUGAUGAUUUUUCCAUGAACUGGUUUUUUGCAACAGAUUUGAACUGGUUCUCUACCAAAAGGAUGCUGGAGUAGUGGCUUAUUGUGACAGAAAUUGAAAUUAAAACCCCAUUUUCAUGAGCAAAGAUGGGAAUCAAAAUUUAUCAUUUAUUUGUAGUAUUAUGUUGAGGGGAUAAAGGUGUGCCCAUCUUUGCAUUUACCUCAAUUCAAAACAUCUCAAGAUUUACUUUAUAUGCAAAUAGUUGUACCAGUAGCAUUAAAGAGGCUGGUCAUUCAUCAUUGCAGGACUGCAUGUUGUGUGAGCUAUAGUGUAACAAGGGAUGUGCCCUGUGAUAACAAGUCUGUGACAAUUCAUUAAUUAAUGUUAAUGGUAAUGUUAAUGGUAUGUAUUAGUCUGUGGCUCUGAGUUCAUGUACGUGGAAUGCAACUCUUAAUGGACAAUACAUGUUGGUCUGUAUCUCGAAAUGUGAAGGAUUUCUGUAAACUAGGGGAUUUUGUGAAAAUGCAUAUAAAGUUUAAAUGACUGAUCCAAAUAAUUAUAUAGAGAGUGAUUAGUCUACAUUACUGCAUGUUUUAUCAAUCAUCAUUUUAAAAUUCUACAAUGUUGUUAAUAUCAUGUAAGAGUAAUGUGUGUGCAUGUCUCAAUGUACGAUGUAUGAUACAUGUACUGUAUAAUGAUUGUAACACUUCAGUGUGUGCUAGUAGACAGCAUUGCUAAUAAGAAAACAACAGCUAAAUUAUAUUUCACUUAUUUUAUUUUUUGUGCUUAUUUUAUAUAAUUACAACUGCUUGUAGUCAACUACAAAUUUUAAGGUAAAAGGCAAAUGGUUAGGUCAACUCUGUACAUGGCAGUCAUAUGAUCAGCCUAUCUUUAUACAUUCUGUGCUCUUAAUUAACAUAGAAUACACAUAGUGUACUGGAAAAACACUUCCUUUUUGUUUCUAACAUUCAAAGUGAGACCAAGUCUAGCCAGACUUGAUCCCUUUAUUGAUAAGGUACUUCUCUCUGUGUACCCCAGUCUUAUUAUUGCACAGUUCAGGGUUUACUGAACUUGAAGCAGUUACAUGUACAGCUUGGUUAGUAGGAGGCUAAAAGACUGCAUUCUUUUGCUCCAGGAGGAUAUGAAACAUGAUAUGAAGAGAAUGAUAUGUUUAAAGAGGUAUAUGUAAAUGACUAUAAAAUCAACACAGCAUGCAUUCCAUAUAUUCAAACAAGGUAAUCUAAAUUUAGCCUGUACAGAAUUCUACAUUUUAUUGAAAAAAAUCUAUACAAACUUCUUAUUUUUAUUUUCUUUGUAUAAAACAGGCAAUUCAUCUCAUGAUGAUGAAAAUAUUAACAUUAAAGAUAUUAAUGUACUGUUCUA